GCCUCUUCCUCCCGCACCCCGGUGCGGGGCCUGGCGCGGAGCGGCGUGCGGGCUGCUGACGCUUUAGCGGUCGCCUCUGAUAAAAAGUGUUGAGGACUCAGCCAUCUCCAAAGGGCCCCAUGGCAGGUAAUGGUCACUUGGGAAGACAAGUGCCAUCACUCCAAACAUCUUCUUCUCCCCACGUUCUGUAUGGAGCAUGAUGUCAUUUGGUCUGGAAUAUCCCUUCAGUGCUUUUGGGUCACCUGGCCCAGCUGUGUCUCCUCCCUACUGUGUUCAGCAGAAAUCCAAAACACAGCCCUACAUUAGCCACUGUGAGGAAAAUCGACUUCACCCCAGACAAAACCAGCACGGCAUACCAUGGUUGAUCAACUCCAAAAUGUUAUCUCAAAAUCUGCGCCAAGUUUGCAAAUGUUUGUUUCUGCAUAACUUGAAACUGAAUUCAGUAAAUGUGGCUGAUUUGGCCAGAAGGAUCCAUUCUUCAUCAGAAAAGCUUUCUGACUGUGAGUCACAGGAACAAACUGUCCAGAAAUGUGAAACUGAAGAGAUGCCUCAAAGUACAGAAAACAGUAAUUUUGGAAGAUUGCACAUACCAGUGAUGCUGGAGGAGGUUGUUAAUUGUUUAGCCCCUCAGCCUGGUCAGCGCUUCCUUGAUAUGACAUUUGGAGCCGGCGGUCACACAACAGCUCUUCUGGAGAAAGCCAACAACAUCACCGUGUAUGCACUGGACAGGGAUCCCACAGCUUAUAAAAUAGCUCAGCAGCUUUCAGAAGCUUACCCGAAACAGAUUCAACCUCUUCUAGGACAGUUUAGCCAGUUAGAGGCUUUGUUAAUCUCCUCUGGGAUUGAGCAAGGGACUCUGGAUGGUGUUCUCCUGGAUGUUGGCUGUUCUUCUAUGCAGUUUGAUACACCUGAAAGAGGUUUUUCCCUGCAGAAGGAUGGACCUUUGGACAUGAGGAUGGACUGUGACAGGUACCCUGACAUGCCCACUGCUGCUGAUGUUGUGAACGCUUUAGAUCAACAGGCGCUUGCGUCCAUCCUGAGAACGUACGGGGAGGAGAGGCACGCUAGGAAAAUCGCUUCAGCCAUCGUUCAGGCACGCAGCAUAUACCCCAUCACCAGAACUCAGCAGCUUGCAAGCAUUGUUGCAGGUGCUUUUCCAGCCUCAGCACUCUAUGCACGAAGGGACCUUCUUCACAGACCUGUGCACGUGGCUACUAAAACUUUCCAAGGCCUGCGAAUAUUUGUAAAUGAUGAGCUCCAUGAACUCUUCGUAGGACUGAGGACAGCUGAGAAGUUUCUAAAAUCAGGAGGUCGCCUUGUAGCCCUCUCCUUUCAUUCGCUGGAAGAUCGUAUUAUCAAACGUUUUCUUCAUGGAAUUGACAUGACAGAGAAGUACAAUCUUGGCUCAAAGCAGAAGAUAAGACAGGCUCUGAAAAAUUCCUCCAGAGGAGAAGAUGCACAGGAAUCUCCCCAUGGAAAAUCCAACUCAAAGUGGAUUUUGAUACAGAAAAAAGUUCUCACACCCCAGGCCAAGGAUAUUCAAACAAACCCAAGAGGAAGGUCGGCCAAACUAAGAGCUGCUAUUAAACUCUAAAGCAAAAUACAUGAUUACAUGAUUGUAUAAUUUCCUUAAAUUCUGUUUUCCAGAAUGCUAACUGGACAGAUAGUAUCAAACUGAAAAAAUAAAAUGAAGGUUAUUGGAGAAUA